UCAGUCGAUUACUGAUAAGUAAUUAUAAUUUUAUCAGUAUCGAAUAAGACAGGAUGGCGGUCACGCGUCGUGGAUACAUUUUUGGUGCAUUCCUUCUGAGUGUGUUAUGUGUGUUGUUGAUAGUUGUGGCAGUGUCGAGUGAUAGUUGGAUAGUAUCUACCGCGACCCCAUCCCAAGACUUGCUAUCGCAGGUCAGCAACUUCAGAUAUGGGCUGUUCAGAGGGGAGAUACUUCUCUACAGCCUGGCCACACCCACCUCACACACAAUGUACAUGGUAUGUCUACCCGACGUGAGCGCAUGUGCAGUGAGCUGUAAAACUGAGCCUAUAGCGAGAGAGGAAGAGGUUCGAGCGAUGGCGCAGGGCUACAUGCCGAACCUGGGAUGUCUCGCUUUCACCGAAGUGAGCACUGCAAACCCAUUGGACCGUCCUCCAGUGAUCAGCUUCGCAGUAUACGUGUGUGUGCUGCUAUUCCUCUUCCUGCAACUUGCGACUGCUGUGGUGGCCGCUGGUCUCUCCAUCAUCAAUGCUACUAUGAACCCUACUGAACCCAUGUUUGGGUUGCCUGGUUGCCUAUGGUCCAAUGCAGUAGCAGCGCUCCUGGGCCUAACAGUCAUGAUGCUGUUCGGCAUCUACUGGGCCACGUCGGGAUUGAGCGAGCAUUUGGCCUUCGCGCACAUAGCGUUUGAUUUCUUCAAGCCUGGGCCGUAUUUGGGGUAUUCUUACUGGUUGCUACUAGGGGCAGUGCUGUGUUCUUUAAGCAACAUCGGCUUGAUUCAACUGAGGACUUACCUCUUGGAGAGGGACCCCCCUCCCCCCACUAUUAAGGUCGAGAACCACUCCGAUGGGACUAUAUUCUUGUACUAAAACUAAGAUUAAAUUGCGUAAAGGCGACAGCACAUCAGGCUUUACAUUUUUGUUGUAUGAUAAUAAGCCAUCAGGGGCAAUAUUUUUUAUAAAUACCGUAGAA